UUAUUUGCAAUUUUGUGUGGUUGCGUUUAGUCAUAUGUAAACUAGUAAUAAAACGUAUCUACAUGUAUAUAUAUUUUUUUGCAGGUACUUAAUUUUUAAGAAAAAUAAAGAAUAUUUACUACAAGAGAAGUGUCAAGUGUCAAUCUUUUAUGUAAAGACUUUAACGAAAUAACUUAAUGAAAAGGCUGCGUCGACGAUUGCUUUAUCGUGGCCGAGUUGUUAAUUAAUAAGUAAGACGUAACAUGGAAACCACAAAAAGUCUGGAACAAUACGAAGAAUGGAGAAAAAGAGCAUUUCUUGGGCCUUUACCACCAAAUUUUUUAAGAAUAGAAGAGACAACGGGUAAUAAUCAGCAAGAGGAAGCAGAUCGACAAGCUGCAAUAGUAUUACAACAAAUGCAAAAUCAGACAAUGAGUAUGAUGGGAAGACUUACCAUAACAGUAGUGCAAGCAAGACUUGUAAAAAACUAUGGAUUCACAGGAAUGGAUCCUUACGUUAGACUAAGAGUAGGACAUACGAUAUAUGAAACUCACACAGACAGAAAAGGAGGAAAAAAUCCACAUUGGAACAAAGUCAUUCAAGUCUUCCUUCCACCUGGAGUUAAUAAGAUAUAUGUAGAAAUAUAUGAUGAAUAUUCUUUUACAAUGGAUGAAUUAAUUGCAUGGGGCCACAUAGAUAUUCCAUCUCAAGUUGUUGAGAAAGGAACAACGUACGAAGACUGGUACUUACUUAGUGGAAAACAGGGAGACAAUCAAGAAGGUUCUAUUAAUUUAGUAUUAAGUUAUCAGGCAAGGUAUCCAAAGUCAUAUAUGGAAAUGCCCGCACCUGUUAUGAUGAUUCCGUCAACAAAUGUAACUAAAAGUACAACGCCAUUUGCACCUGUUAAUGUUUACACAGAACCUCCAGUCAAUCCCACUCCACCUGUUCUUGCGAGUUUACUACCUAAUGCAGAAAUUGAAUUAAAACAAAUUUCAGAAAUGUUUCCAAAUAUUGAUAAAGAAGUGAUAAAAUCCGUUUAUGAUGCAAACAGCGGCAAGAAGGAUAUAACAAUAAACACGCUUCUCCAAAUGGUGGAAUAAAUCUGUUUCUAUAAAUAUAAUUAAUUAUAUUCUUUAUAAAGACAACCAAAAUUCGUGCUUAGCAUAUAAUCGCCAGUGCUGUAUUUGUAAAAUUUUGCU